UGACAAACUGUUGAAAUCUAGACUCCUUGAUUGCACUUCUAAAGUACAAUGCAUUUAAACGUGUUUAGCAAAAGAUUGAAAGCAAAUCAGUAGGUUAAUUCUGGGGAACAGGAAGGUCAAAAAUUUCAUCGCAGCUGGUUACAACUUGAUCUGAAAGACCCUUCUGAUCGUUCUGUAAUGGCGGUGUGUUGAAACCCACCUCUCCCCGUCCAGACUAAAUUACACUUUUACUUUCGGCAGACUCGAUUUCACCCUCCGUUUCCCUCUGUUCUCUCCAAAGUUUCCCACGACUCGUGCUGGUUGGACCAGGUGCGGAGUUUGAGAAUGAGCGAACGGCAGACGAACGUCAACAGUCUGUUUCUGAAUGAAGACUCGGCCAAGCGGAGCACGGCGGACAGUCGGGUCCAGCAAUUCCAAAAGGCGCUGCGGAAGCGAGCUGGUCGAGCUAAGAAAAGCCUAAGCAACAUCAGCCGGCAGAGCGUCCAGAGCUUUUUUAAGAGAAAUGCAUUUGUCGUUUUAACUAUCUUUGCGGUCAUACUGGGUAUAAUUCUGGGUUUUACCCUCCGCCCCUACAAGUUGUCCUAUCGUGAGAUUAAAUAUUUCUCUUUCCCUGGGGAGCUGCUGAUGAGGAUGCUGCAGAUGCUGGUGUUGCCACUCAUCGUUUCCAGUCUUGUUUCAGGAAUGGCAGCUCUGGACAGCAAGGCAUCUGGUAAAAUGGGAGUUCGAGCCGUGGUUUUCUACAUGACCACAACUAUCAUUGCUGUUUUCAUUGGAAUUGUCAUGGUAAUGAUCAUCCACCCUGGGAAAGGAUCAAAAGUUGACCUACAUCGGGAGGGAAAGAUUGAACAGGUGCAGGCAGCUGAUGCAUUCAUGGAUCUAAUCAGGAAUAUGUUCCCACCGAAUCUAGUAGAGGCUUGUUUCAAGCAGUAUAAAACAAAUUAUAACACGCGGCAAAUCCUGAAAUCAACAUCACCAUCCAGCAAUCUUACAACCAUCACUGAACCAUCCAUUAUUGACAAUGUAACCGAUGCUGUCAAAAAGCUGCAGGAAAUGAUGGUUUCUGAGGAGGUUAUUCCUGUUGCUGGUUCAUCCAAUGCAGUGAAUGCACUGGGACUUGUUGUUUUUGCUAUUGGUUUUGGUCUUGUCAUUGGCAACAUGAAACAACAAGGCCGGGCAUUGAAGGAAUUUUUUGACAGCCUUAAUGAAGCCAUCAUGAGACUGGUCGCAAUUAUAAUCUGGUAUGCACCUAUAGGCAUCCUCUUCCUGAUAGCAGGCAAAAUCGUUGAGAUGAAAGAUCUAAGUGUGAUGGGCGGACAACUGGGAAUGUACACUGUGACGGUUAUAAUCGGACUGCUAAUCCAUGCACUUGUUGUCCUGCCACUUCUUUAUUUUAUAGUCACACGCAAGAAUCCCUGGAUUUUUAUUGGUGGAAUAUUGCAGGCAUUGAUUACUGCCCUGGGUACUUCAUCCAGCUCAGCAACUCUCCCAAUCACCUUCAAAUGUCUAGAAGAAAAUAAUGGUGUGGACAAACGUGUCACUCGCUUCGUCCUACCUGUUGGAGCCACUAUUAACAUGGAUGGCACAGCACUCUAUGAGGCCUUGGCCGCAAUCUUCAUUGCACAGGUCAACAACUAUGAUCUCAACUUUGGACAAAUCAUCACCAUCAGCAUCACUGCAACAGCAGCCAGCAUUGGAGCAGCAGGAAUACCUCAGGCUGGUCUUGUCACUAUGGUGAUAGUUUUGACAUCAGUCGGACUUCCCACAGAGGACAUCACCCUGAUUAUCGCAGUGGACUGGUUCCUGGAUCGCCUUCGAACUACUACCAAUGUGCUAGGUGACUCAUUGGGAGCAGGCAUUGUGGAGCACCUGUCGAGGCAUGAACUGCACACAGAGGAUACAGAAGUCGGAAACUCGGUCAUUGAGGAGAAUGAGAAACCUUAUCAGCUCAUCUGCCAGGAGCAUGAAAACCAGAAGCACGUGGAUAGUGAGACAAUGAUGUGACCGAGACCAAGCUAGAACCAGCGCUGAAGAGAUAAACACAUACACAACUAUGUAAAUUGUGUGUCUGUGCAUUUCUAAUCAAACUAGCCAGCAAAGGAACAUCUAAAACAAUCUAAUUACUUAAGCAAGAAUCCUGCAAAAAUAGGGCAGACCUGUAUGCAUGUGUAUUUCCCAGUGCAUACCAUCCACAUUUGUGCAUAUGUGAGUGCAUUCAUGUCCACACAGCGCCCACAUUUGUGUGUACACAUGUGUGAAUGUUUCUCAAUGGCUGUGAUCAUGUGUGUUUGUAUACAUUGCUGUGCAGGCACACAUAUGACAAAAUUGUGGUUUGUGGAUAUCCAUCAGUUUAUAUGUGCAUAUCUGGAUGCAUUAUCCACAUAAGUGACAAGUAUUUAUGCAUAUGCAUGUGUACAGGUCUUUACACGUGUGUGUCUUUGUACAUGCGUGUGCAUGGUGUUUUUAAACUGGAAAGGGUAACUUUUCUUUAAACAGGUAGUUCCUUCAGUAGCACUUUCAUAAUUGGGAGAGGACUUCUCUUAUGUGCUCUGCGUGAAAUCAUAAAAAUGUUUCUGAUUUUGCAGCACCCAGCAUCUCAUAGAAAACUUGUUCCAUUGUCAGAACAGUACUUGAAGAAGAAAAAUAUUAAAGGGACAGGGAAAGGGCAGGGAAAUGGGGUGAAAAUAGAUUAGCCUUCAGUUAGCAUGAUCUGAAUCGACUCCAUCAAUACUGAAAACUGUGAUAUUUUCUUGUGUUAAACUGGUUAAUUUUUUCAAAACCUUGCUGUUUUGACAGAUGUCCAACAGGGACCGAUUUUCUCCGUCCUUUGCAAGUCGUGCCUAUCCAUUCACAAAGUGGUGCUAAAUCCAUUUGAGCGUUAGGAGUGGAAUUUGACUUUAUAUGGGAAUAUGUGAUGGUGGAUUGGAAGUCUGUCUCACAGCUUCACCUGCUUUAGUAUCCUUUGGAACACAGAGGGAUUGCUGAAUAUCAGGCUCCACAGUGCAACAGGAGGAAAGGGACAUACAAGGCCUCAGAUCCUAUUUCCCUGUAUUGAUAUGAAAUACCUAACUUUUGAAUGUGGAGUCUCCAGAUUACCAAUGUCAAAACUAUGGCAAGUGAGAGAAACUUCAAGCAAAUACCCACCACAAAUCCAGAUUUCAAUAUUCUCUUCAUAAUCCUUUCACAUUUCCAAAACAUUUCAACCUAGCAAGGAAUACACAGUAUGCCCCCUCCUUUCACUACAUUGUUCUAUCCCAUUUAUCUUGCUUUGUAAUCAUCAGGCCAGAAAUAAAACUAAGCAAAAUAUGAUUAAUUAGUUCUUGUAACAGUUAAACCCUGAUUCAAUAAUCUGGCAGGGUUACAUAGACACACGUUUGAUAGCAGGUUGAAUAACUUUAAGUCAGCCCUGACAGUAACGUUAAAGUAGAUCCUUUGAGUAGCUCCAGGGACGGCAUCAGCUAAGCACAGUGACUUCUACACAGUUUCGUGGAGUCAGUAUGCAAAAGAGACAUAAAAUAUUUAGAUAUUAUGAAAAUAACAUUUCCUAAUCUUCAAAUGAUCUCAUUGUCAGAUGAUGUAAAAUGUAUGAUAUCUGUGAUGUAUUCCUAAUCUCUAAAUGAUAUGUGGCAUAUGAUCAGAAACUUGUACUCAAAUCCAAUCAAAACAUUGUACUUCCAUAACACUAAUUCACUCCUGAGUAAAGUCUCCUCUGUUAUUCCAUUAUAAUGAUUUUGGGUGUGCACCUUGCUGCAAUUAAAUAUGUACAUAGUGA